CGGAAAUUUGUAUUAUUUGUAAAAUGUUGGAACAAUCAGAAACGACCCUUUUUUUGGCUGGUCAAGAAACGACUUGUAAAUAAAAAGGCCAUUUUACCGAUUUGUACGGAUUAAAAUUCUAGCAAAUUUGUAACCAAAUUUUCAAAAAAAAAAAAAAAAAAAAAAGCCGAGAUGGGCAACAUAACAAGCAAAGUCUGGAAAAAAAUUCCAGGGAAAACACAGAGAGAGAGAGGGAGAGAGAGAAUGGAAGAGAGAGAAGAUCUGAAAUCAAUAUUACCUUAUUUACCGGUCGUACUUCGGUCGUCGCGUCUCUUCUGGCCCUCGCAAGUCGUUGAAAUACUCAAGUCGCUCGCCGUAGGACCCGACCGGAGCCGGGUUCUCUCCGGAGAGCUUCUAUUCGCCGCCAUUUCCAACCUCAGACACGCUCUUUCCGUCUCUUCCGAACCCUUCGCUCCUUUCGCUCCCCAAGGUUACGCCCUCUUCUUCGACGAGUUAAUGUCAAAAGAGAAAUCCAAGAAAUGGUUUGAACAGGUUUUUCCCAUGUUGGCAAAUUUAGUAUUGCGGUUUCCUUCUUUGUUAGAAACCCACUAUCAAAAUGCAGACGGCUUCAUCAAUCGAGGAGGAGUUGUAGCCAAAACUGGUCUUUGCCUUCUGAAUUCGCAAGAAGACGGUGUGGUGCUCCUCAACCAGGAAUUGGUUGGUGCUCUUCUAGGAUGCUCUUUCUUUUGUUUGUUCCCACUUGCUACCAGAGGUGACAAACAUCUUCCAACAAUCAACUUUGAUCAUCUCUUCGCGAGUUUAUAUGGAAGUCACAAUCAAAAUCAGGAGAGUAAGAUAAACUGUAUUAUACACUAUUUUGAACGGAUAUGUGCAAAUAUCCCUAUGGGCUCUGUGUCAUUUGAGCGAAAGGUUCUUGCUUUGGGGCAUCGCCCUUUAUGCAUUUCAUAUCCAGAUGCUAAGUUUUGGGGCACUUCUACAGUUCCUUUGUGCCAAUUUGAGGCUCACAGUUCAGGCUUAAUAGAAGAUCAAUCAAAGGGGGCUCUUGAAGUGGAUUUUGCAAAUAAAUAUCUAGGAGGUGGUGCUCUUCACAGGGGCUGUGUACAGGAGGAGAUUCGUUUUAUGGUUAAUCCCGAAUUAAUUGCUGGAAUGCUUUUCUUACCUGCCUUAGCAGAUAAUGAGUCCAUAGAAGUUGUUGGUGCAGAAAGGUUUUCAAAAUAUACAGGAUAUGCUUCUUCAUUCCGCUUUUCUGGUGACUAUGUGGACAAGAAGGAAAUGGACUCUCUUGGAAGACGUAAAACCAGAAUCAUUGCAAUUGAUGCAUUAUGCUGCCCAGGGAUGAGACAAUACAGAAUGAAAAGCCUCAUCCGGGAGACUAAUAAGGCAUUCUGUGGCUUUAUUGAUCAAUCCAAAUAUCACCAAUACGAGAGACUGUUUCUAAAGAAUGGUCUUUCUGAAAAUCAGCAUGACCAAGAUGGUAAAGACCCUGAUUGCACAAAAAGGAAUAGUCAUGGGGUGAAUGAAGCUAACUCACCUCUCGUGGAAGCAUAUGGGGGAGAAUUUGUAAACCGAGCAAUGAAAGAUUCUCAGCAGAAGGGUUGUCAGUCUCUGGUCAAUGAAGACAACAUGGGGAUUGCGACGGGAAAUUGGGGAUGUGGUGCUUUUGGCGGAGAUCCCGAGCUCAAGACCAUAAUUCAAUGGCUUGCAGCUUCUCAGGCACUAAGACCAUUUGUUUCCUACUACACAUUUGGUGAGCGUGCAUUGCGAAACAUAGAUCUGGUAACUGAAUGGAUUCUGUCGCACGAGUGGACUGUGGGGGAUCUCUGGAAUAUGCUAGUCGAAUACUCGUCGCAAUUAUUGAACGGAGAAACUAGCGUCGGCUUCUUCACUUGGCUUAUUCCCACUCUACCAAGCCGCGAUAGUUGAGAUUUAGGAUUCAUCAAGCAGGCCAAAAGGUUUUCUUCAUUGUUGUUAGUGUUCACCAUUUCUAUUGAGUUAUCUCUGUGAAAAAUUGUUGCGAUUUAUGAGCUGUACUUGUAGUUGCCACUAGUUUCCUCUCACUUCUUCCUCUUCUUUUUUUGUUUUUGUUUUUUGUUUUCUUGUUUUGCUUUUUUUUUUUUUUUAAUUGAGUGGGAUUAUGGAGUUUGAAUGUAGGCAUAUAUGGAGUGAUUAGUGAUUACACUGGUGGUAUUAGUGGUUAAACUCAACAAUUAUAUAGAUGUAAAG